GUCAUUUUGUUUGCAAGAGAAGAGAGGGGAGGAGAGAGGAGAGGAGAAGGUGGCACAGAACAGAGAGAAGGGAGAUGCUAGAGAACAUGCACACUGCCCGCUGACAUACAUUCAGGAAUCAUGUUGACUCUACCGUAUGAAGAACCAAAUGUGACGUAUGAGCCCCGGUUUGGAGCCAACUACCCCCGUGGGAGCUUACCGGACCUGGAGCCAGACCCGAUACACAGCCUGAACGUCACGUUGAACCCGGAGAGAGAGGACGAGGAGGAGCCAGACCCGAUACACAGCCUGAACGUCACGUUGAACCCGGAGAGAGAGGGCGAGGAGGAGCCAGACCCAAUACACGGCCAGGACGUCACAUCGGACCCGGAGGAGGGUGACAUCUCAGAAAGAGAGGAUGAGGAAGAAGAAGAGAGAGAGGACGACAACCAGCAGGAUGAAAACGGCCUCCCCAGAAAGAGAGGACCACGGAGAAAGAAGUCGACUAAAGGUAGACAGGAGAGGGUCAAGGUGCGUCGUCACGAGGCAAACGCCCGUGAGCGCAGCAGGAUGCACGGUCUGAACGACGCGUUAGAGAGCCUCCGAAAGGUGGUGCCCUGCUACUCCAAGACCCAGAAGCUCUCCAAAAUAGAGACUCUGCGCCUGGCUAAGAACUACAUCUGGGCCCUGUCGGAGACGCUGUCUGCGGGCAAGAAGCCGGACCUGCUGGGGUUCGUUCAAACUCUGUGUAAGGGCCUAUCCCAGCCCACGACCAACCUGGUGGCUGGCUGUCUGCAGCUGAAAGCCAGGUCCUUCCUCACGGACCACAACGGAGAGGUGACGUACCCCGGUAGUACGACCCACUAUGACAACAUGUACCCUUACCCCGGGGCAGAUCUGGGCACGGCCCCUGGACAAGGCUGCAGCACCCUGGACAGCGCCAAGCCAUCCUACCAUAGCCGGCACUACAGCUACGGUGGCCAGUACGAGCCGUACUAUGACCACACGUCUCCUGAGGGAGGAAGGGAGGGACACCUAGACGGACAGAUCAGCCCUCCUCUGAACUUUAACGGGAUAUUCUCUCUGAAACACGACGAACCAGAGGAGUACGGGAAGAGCAGCCACUACGGGAUGAGAUACAGUUCUGUUCCCGGUCACGGCUCCCUCAGCUCGGCAUCCAUGUACCGGGUCUCGCCAGAGGGCCGGUUACACUAUGAAUUACACCUUCGGUCUGCCGGGCAGACCUACAAGGCUGGGACUCAGAGCCAGCAGGCAGAGCUACCAGGCUGGGACUCAGAGCCAGCAGGCAGAGCUACCAGGCUGGGACUCAGACCCAGCAGGCAGAGCUACCAGGCUGGGACUCAGAGCCAGCAGGCAGAGCUACCAGGCUGGGACUCAGAGCCAGUAGGCAGAGCUACCAGGCUGGGACUCAGAGCCAGUAGGCAGAGCUACCAGGCUGGGACUCAGAGCCAGUAGGCAGAGCUACCAAGCUGGGACUCAGAGCCAGUAGGCAAAGCUACCAGGCUGGGACUCAGAGCCAGUAGGCAGAGCCAUAAUUAAUAGAACAGUUAAAAGGUUAUAUUACCCCUGUUACUAUUCAUCACACACACACACACACACACACACACACA